CCUUCACUGAGACGCCAUGUUCAAUCCAAUGACGCCGCCACAAGUCAAUAGCUACGGUGAGCCAUGCUGUCUCCGGCCCCUCCCCAGCCAAGGGGUCCCCAGCAUGGGAACAGAAGGACUUUCUGGUCUGCCCUUUUGCCACCAAACCAACUUUAUGUCAGGGUCCCAGGGUUAUGGGUCUGCCAGAGAGACCAGCAGCUGCACUGAAGGGUCUCUCUUUCCUCCUCCUCGGAGUUCAGUCAAACUGACGAAGAAGCGGGCUCUCUCCAUCUCGCCUCUCUCGGAUGCCAGCCUCGACCUGCAGACCGUCAUCCGUACCUCGCCCAGCUCCCUCGUGGCUUUCAUCAACUCCCGCUGUGCAUCUCCAGGCGGCUCCUACGGCCAUCUCUCCAUCGGUACCAUGAGCCCUUCUUUAGGAUUCCCACCUCAGAUGAGUCACCAAAAAGGAACUUCACCUCCCUACGGAGUCCAGCCCUGUGUUCCACAUGACUCUACUCGAGGUUCAAUGAUGCUUCACCCCCAGUCCCGGGGACCACGCGCAACCUGCCAGCUGAAGUCAGAGCUGGACAUGAUGGUUGGCAAGUGCCCGGAGGAGCCUUUGGAAGGAGACAUGUCAAGCCCCAACUCUACAGGCACACAGGAUCACCUACUGGGGAUGCUGGAUGGGCGGGAGGACCUGGAGAGAGAGGAGAAACCAGAGCCUGAGUCUGUGUACGAGACGGACUGCCGCUGGGAUGGUUGCAGCCAGGAGUUCGAUUCCCAGGAGCAACUGGUGCACCACAUCAACAGUGAGCAUAUCCAUGGGGAGCGGAAGGAGUUCGUGUGCCACUGGGGAGGUUGCUCCAGGGAGCUGAGGCCCUUCAAGGCCCAAUACAUGCUGGUGGUGCACAUGCGCAGACACACGGGCGAGAAGCCACACAAGUGCACGUUUGAAGGCUGUCGGAAGUCCUAUUCCCGCCUUGAAAAUUUGAAGACGCACCUUCGGUCGCACACGGGUGAGAAGCCUUACAUGUGUGAGCAAGAAGGUUGCAGCAAGGCCUUCAGCAACGCCAGUGACCGCGCCAAGCACCAGAAUCGGACCCACUCCAACGAGAAGCCGUAUGUGUGCAAGCUUCCCGGCUGCACCAAGCGUUACACAGAUCCCAGCUCACUCCGCAAACACGUCAAGACAGUGCACGGUCCUGAUGCCCACGUGACCAAGCGGCAUCGAGGGGAUGGCCCCUUACCUCGGGCGCAGUCCCUCUCCACAGUGGAGCCCAAGCGGGAAAGGGAAGGAGGAUCCGGCAGGGAAGAGAGCAGACUGACUGUGCCUGAGGGCGCCAUGCCACAGCAGAGCCCCGGAGCACAGUCCUCCUGCAGCAGCGACCAUUCCCCAGCAGGCAGCGCGGCCAACACGGACAGCGGCGUGGAGAUGGCGGGCAACGCGGGGGGCAGCACCGAGGACUUGUCCAGCUUGGAUGAAGGACCUUGUGUUGCGGCCACCGGACUCUCCACCCUUCGCCGCCUGGAGAACCUCAGGCUGGAUCAGCUGCACCAGCUCCGGCCAAUAGGGUCUCGGGCUCUCAAACUGCCCAGCUUAACCCACGCGGGCACACCCGUGUCCCGCCGUCUGGGGCCCCCAGUCUCCCUUGACCGCCGCAGCAGCAGCUCCAGCAGCAUGAGCUCAGCGUACACAGUCAGCCGCCGGUCCUCCCUGGCAUCCCCUUUCCCACCGGGAUCCCCACCAGAGAAUGGGGCAGCGUCACUACCUGGCCUCACACCUGCCCAGCACUACGUGCUUCGUGCCAGAUAUGCGUCAGCCAGGGGCAGUGGCACCCCGCCCACUGCAGCGCACAGCCUGGAUCGGAUCGGGGGUCUUCCUGGACCUCCUUGGAGAAGCCGAGCGGAGUACCCAGGAUACAACCCCAAUGCGGGGGUCACCCGGAGGGCCAGUGACCCAGCCCGGGCUGCUGACCACCCAGCUCCAGCCAGAGUCCAGCGGUUCAAGAGCCUGGGAUGUGUCCACACACCCCCUAGUGUGGCAACGGGACGGAACUUCGAUCCCCACCUCCCUACCUCUGUCUAUUCGCCGCAGCCCCCCAGCAUCACCGAAAAUGUUGCUAUGGAUACUAGGGGGCUACAGGAGGAGCCAGAGGUUGGAACUUCCAUGAUGGGCAACGGUCUGAACCCAUAUGUGGACUUUUCCUCUGCUGAUACUCUGGGAUAUGGGGGGCCUGAGGCGACAGCGGCUGAGCCCUAUGGGGCUAGGGGUCCAGGUUCCCUGCCUCUUGGGCCUGGUCCACCAACCAACUAUGGCCCUGGCCACUGUGCCCAGCAGGUCUCCUAUUCUGAUCCCACCCCAGAAACAUGGGGUGAGUUUCCUUCUCAUGCUGGGGUGUACCCUAGCACGAAGGCUCCGGGCGCGGCCUAUAGCCAGUGUCCUCGACUUGAGCAUUACGGACAAGUGCAGGUAAAGCCAGAACAAGGGUGCCCAGUGGGGUCUGACUCCACCGGGUUGGCACCCUGCCUCAAUGCCCACCCCAGUGAAGGGUCCCCAGACCCACAGCCUCUGUUUUCACAUCACCCCCAGCUCCCUGCACCCCAGUAUCCCCAGUCGGGUCCCUAUCCUCAGCCACCCCAUGAUUAUCUGUCGUCAGAACCCAGGCCUGGCCUCAAUUUCCAUCCCCCCUCUCACCCCACAGGACAGCUCAAAGCUCAGCUCCUGUGUAAUUACGUUCAGUCGCAGCAGGAAUUGUUGUGGGAGGGGAGAGGCCGGGGAGGGCUCCCCAACCAGGAACUCCCAUAUCAGAGCCCCAAGUUUCUGGGGGGUUCCCAAGUUAAUCAGAGCCCUGCCAAGGCCCCAGCAGCAGCAGCAGCAACCUAUGGAUCUGGCUUUGCACCUGCUUUGGCCAAUCACAAAUCAGGCUCCUAUCCUGCCCCUUCGCCGUGCCAUGAAACUUUCUCCGUGGGAGCCAACAGGCCUUGCCAAAGGCCAGCAGCACCGCCCCGGCUUCUGCCCCCACUACCCCCUUGCUAUGGGCCCCUCAAGGUAGGGGACACCAACCCCAGCUGUGGCCAUCCUGAACUGGGCAGGUUGGGAGCAGGCCCUGCCUUGUACCCUCCCCCUGAAGGGCAGGUAUGUAACCCUCUGGACUCUCUUGACCUGGACAACACUCAGCUGGACUUUGUGGCUAUCCUAGAUGAGGCCCAGGGCCUGAGUCCUCCUCCUUCCCAUGAGCAAGGGGACAGCUCUAAAAACACCCCACCUCCCUCUGGGCCCCCCAAUAUGGCAGUGGGGAACAUGAGUGUCUUACUGGGGUCUCUGCCUGGAGAGACACAAUUCCUCAACUCUAGUGCCUAAAAGGUUAAGGAACCCCUAACCAGAUCAUGUUUCCUAAAUGGCGACAUGAGGUGCCCAGGGUUGGGAGGUUUGGGCUGGGGGCUGUAUUUAGUCAAUGUGCCUUCCAGGCAAAAACUUUAAUAACGACACAGUUUCCAGACAAUAAAGGAAUGCUGAGAACAUGCAUCACGUGUCAUUUCCGGGAGAGCAGAAGCAGGCUCCUACACCUUCCUCGGUCGACUUCAGCAUCCCUCUCAGCCAGGAGCUCAAGCAAGACUUGAGCAGGAAAUGAAGAGUGUCCUUUCGGGGGGGGGGGGUGGAAA